AUGGCUUCCAGCCCGUUGCCGGGGCCCAACGACAUCCUGCUGGCAUCGCCGUCGAGCGCCUUCCAGCCCGAUGCGCUGAGCCAGCCGCGGCCAGGCCACGCCAACCUGAAACCCAACCAGGUGGGCCAGGUGAUCCUCUACGGCAUUCCCAUCGUGUCGUUGGUGAUCGACGGGCAGGAGCGCCUGUGCCUGGCGCAGAUCUCCAACACUCUCCUCAAGAACUUCAGCUACAACGAGAUCCACAACCGCCGCGUGGCGCUGGGCAUCACGUGCGUACAGUGCACGCCGGUGCAGCUGGAGAUCCUGCGCCGCGCCGGGGCUAUGCCCAUCUCAUCGCGCCGCUGCGGCAUGAUCACUAAGCGUGAAGCCGAGCGCUUGUGCAAGUCUUUCCUAGGCGAAAACAGGCCGCCCAAGCUGCCAGACAAUUUCGCCUUCGACGUGUCCCACGAGUGCGCCUGGGGCUGCCGCGGCAGCUUCAUCCCGGCGCGCUACAACAGCUCCCGCGCCAAGUGCAUCAAAUGCAGCUACUGCAACAUGUACUUCUCGCCCAACAAGUUCAUCUUCCACUCCCACCGCACGCCCGACGCCAAGUACACGCAGCCGGACGCAGCCAACUUCAACUCGUGGCGCCGUCAUCUCAAGCUCACUGACAAGAGCCCCCAGGACGAGCUAGUCUUCGCCUGGGAGGAUGUCAAGGCCAUGUUCAACGGCGGUAGCCGCAAGCGCGCGCUGCCCCAGCCAGGCGCGCACCCUGCCUGCCACCCGCUCAGCUCGGUCAAGGCGGCCGCUGUGGCAGCGGCAGCUGCCGUGGCUGGAGGUGGGGGACUGCUGGGCCCGCACCUGCUGGGGGCGCCCCCGCCGCCGCCGCCGCCGCCACCCCUGACCGAGCUGGCGGGCGCGCCGCACGCCCAUCACAAGCGGCCGCGUUUCGACGACGACGACGACUCGCUACAAGAGGCAGCCGUCGUGGCCGCCGCCAGUCUUUCGGCCGCCGCCGCCAGCCUCUCGGUGGCCGCAGCCUCGGGCGGCGCCGGGGUGGGCGGGGGUGGCGCCGGGGGCGGCUGCGUGACCGGCGUUGGCGCCGGCGCGGGCGCUGGCUCAGCAGCUGGCGCCAAAGGCCCACGCAGCUACCCGGUCAUCCCGGUGCCCAGCAAGGGCUCGUUCGGGGGCAUGCUGCAGAAGUUCCCGGGCUGCGGGGGGCUCUUCCCGCAUCCCUAUACCUUCCCGGCCGCAGCUGCUGCUUUCGGCUUGUGCCACAAGAAGGAGGACGCAGGCGCGGCGGCCGAGGCCCUGGGAGCUGCGGGCGGCGCGGGCGCAGCGCCCAAAGCCGGCCUGUCGGGCCUCUUCUGGCCCGCGGGCCGUAAGGACGCCUUCUACCCGCCCUUCUGCAUGUUCUGGCCUCCGCGGACCCCAGGAGGCCUUCCCGUGCCCACCUACCUACAGCCUCCACCGCAGCCGCCCUCGGCGCUCGGCUGCGCACUUGGAGAAAGCCCUACCCUGCUGCGCCAGGCCUUCCUGGACCUGGCCGAGCCCGGGGGCGCGGGUGGGAGCGCAGAUGCUGCGCCCCCACCGGGUCAGCCCCCUCCGGUCGUGGCCAACGGCCCGGGCUCCGGCCCACAGCCUCCUGCGGGGGGCGCGGGCGCUCGCGACGCGCUCUUCGAGUCGCCCCCGGGCGGCAGCGGCGGGGACUGCAGCGCAGGCUCCACGCCGCCAGCCGACUCCGGCGCUGUGCCGGGAGCAGGGGCCGCAGUCGCCGGAGCGGGCCCGGCGGGCUCCCGAGUGCCGGGGCCCCACCAUUCGCACCUCCUGGAGGGGCGCAAGGCGGGCGGAGGCAGCUACCAUCAUUCGAGCGCCUUCCGGCCGGUGGGAGGCAAGGACGACGCAGAGAGCCUAGCCAAGCUGCACGGGGCGUCAGCGGGCGCGCCGCACUCGACCCCAGCGCAUCACCACCAUCACCAUCACCACCCGCACCACCACCACCACCAUCAUCCCCCGCAGCCGCCGUCACCGCUACUGCUGUUGCCCCCGCAGCCCGACGAGCCGGGUUCUGAGCGCCACCACCCCGCCCCGCCGCCACCCCCUCCUCCGCCGCCCCCACUGGCCCCGCAGCCGCACCACCGAGGCCUUCUGUCCCCCGGAGGCACCAGCUGCAGCUACCCCAGCGAGGACAGCUCCGAGGACGAGGAGGAUGAAGAAGAAGAGCAGGAGGUGGACGUGGAGGGCCACAAGCCCCCAGAGGGCGAGGAAGAAGAGGAGGAAGGUCGAGAUCCCGACGACGACGAGGAGGAAGACGAGGAGACGAGGGUCCUACUAGGGGACCCCUUAGUCGGGGGCGGCCGGUUCCUCCAGAACCGAGGGCUGUCGGAGAAGGGGAGCAGCCGGGACCGCGCGCCGGCCGCCUCGGGCGCUUUCCCACUCGCCCUGAACUCCUCCAGGCUGCUGCAGGAGGACGGGAAACUGGGUGACCCCGGCGGCUCGGACCUGCCCCCGCCCCCGCCUCCGCCCCUGGCCUCCCAGAAAGCGAGCGGCGGCAGUAGCAGCAGCCCCGGCAGCCCGGUCCACCAUCCAUCACUGGAGGAGCAGCCCUCCUACAAAGAUAAUCAGAAAACUAAGGAAAAUAACCAAGUUAUUUUAUCUACAAAGGACAACAACGACUUUUCAGAUAAGAACAAGGAACAUAGCUUUUUCAUCACAGAUCCCGACGCUUCCGGAGGAGAUUUUUGGAGAGAAAGAUCAGGUGAACACACACAAGAAAUGAAUUCACCUCAUUCACUCAAAAAGGAUGUAGAAAAUAUGGGAAAAGAAGAACUUCAGAAGGUUUUAUUUGAACAAAUAGAUUUACGGAGACGACUAGAACAAGAAUUCCAAGUGUUGAAAGGAAAUACAUCUUUCCCAGUAUUCAAUAAUUUCCAGGAUCAGAUGAAAAGGGAACUAGCCUACCGAGAAGAAAUGGUGCAACAGUUACAAAUUAUCCCCUAUGCAGCAAGCUUGAUCAGGAAAGAAAAGCUUGGUGCCCAUCUCAGUAAAAGCUAA